AAUAUGCUCACAACCAUUCUACCCUGCAGCAGCAAGUAUUACCCAAAUAGUAGUUGAUCAUGGCAUACACCCAUACUCGCCGGCGCCUCUCCACCACAUUGCCACCAUCGCCUUCCCUUCUACGAAGCCGAAGCACAACCCCAGCCACCGCCACAGUACUUCCCGUCAACAACAACCAUUUUUGCUCGCCAAAUUCCGGCCACAGAGUAACCAACCACCGCCCAAAACCUGCAUCAAAGUCAAGACCCACCAAAAAUGAUGAAAACAUAAUGAUUCCUUCAAUGACCUUUUUAUCGACCUCGCAAAAGAUCAAGGCUCAAGAAAAUGCUCGUGAUAAUAAUAAUCAAGCAGGUUUCGCUAAGUUCUUGCAGAGUCACAGUAGUAGUACUUCACGUGCUACUGGCGCAGCAAAGGGGGCAAAAUCAGUGACGAAUUCUCCGUCUGCGUGGGCUUUGUCGCCGGGGAGGUCUUUGGGGUGUCGGGUGGGGCCGGAGUCGCCAGGGCAGAAUUUAGGUUGUCCAGCAAGGCCGGGGUCGCCAGGGUUUGGUGGAAAGAUCAGGGUUAAAGGUGGCGGUGUUGGUGGGGUUUUGAAGUACUUCAAGCAGAGGAAAGUGUCACCUCCACUGGAGGAAGAGUUUCAUCGGUUUCGGGUUCUGCAUAAUAGAUUGUUGCAGUGGAGGUUUGUGAAUGCUAUAGGGGAGGCUGCCAUGGCUGGUGUAAAGAGAAUUGCAGAGGCUAAACUAUUUUCUAUAUGGGUUAGAAUCUUCAAAAUGAGAAAAACCAUAGUAGAAAAGAAAAUUCAAAUGCAAAGGCUCAAACUUGAGAUCAAAUCAUAUCAAAUCAUCAACCCACAGAUGUUCCUUCUAAAUGAAUGGUCAAGGUUGGAGAGAAGGAAUCAAGAAUCAGUCAGCAGAUUGGCAAGAAAGUUAUUGGGACUAUCGGUCAGGCUUCCUUUAGUCGAAGGUGCCAAGAUUGAGACAACACUUUAUCUCCUUACAGAGCUCAGAAGCAUGUUAGAACAAGAAGAUGAGUAUUUGGAGGAACUGGAGAUGGCUGUUCCCUUGCUCCGUGCAUUAUUGGCAAAGGAGGAAAGUGUACAGAUACAUCUAAUCCUGCAAGCUGCUAAAUAAAGGAGUGCCAGCAGAGGGCCAAGAUCACCGAGAAGAUAAAUUCAAG